UUCCUUCCCUAGCCGCCGUUCGUCGGUCCCCGUAGACCCUGACCGCCGUGCCGUUGACCGGCGACCGGCGUGGCCCCGUCCCCCUGCGCGGCGUAGGGCGUACGGCUCCGGUUCCACGUACGGCCGUGGAGCCCGCGGCCGGCAACUUCCCAGCCAUUUUGGGUUCGCCACGUCCAACGCUGCCGGCCUCCCUCUCCCGACUCCGCGCCGGUAUAAACAACUCCCAGCAGAGAUCGCGCUACCUUCCAUUGCCGCUCUUUUGUCCGCCGGGCCUGUUUGUUUCUUCGGGACGCAGAUCCUCCCGGCGCCUCCAGAAGCACAAGGCAUAUAUAUAUAUAUAUAUCCGCCGCUCCCGCCGCGCCGACGCCGGGAGGAAUGCGCCGUUCGUGGGCCGGUGAACCCUGAGCGCGCGGCGGCUGCAUCGACCGAUCACGGGGACCACUCUACAUAUCCGGCUAACAAGAAGAAGUUCCAAUAGCAGAGAUGGUUCAUCAUAUAUCUGACGAGGCAGCAGAUGAACCUAGCAUCACCACACAGACACCGUCCGCUGGCCCAUCUCAAGCACCACUGAUGUACAAAGUGGGUUAUCCCCCUCGGAAGAACUUGGCCACAGAGUUUACAGAAACGUUGAGAGAGACUUUCUUCCACGACAACCCGCUGCGUGAGUACAAGGGUCAAUCCGGACCGAGGAGGUUCAUGAUGGGGCUCGAGUUCUUGUUUCCAAUAUUUGGGUGGGGUAGGAAUUACAGUCUCAACAAGUUCAAAGGCGAUCUGAUAGCCGGAUUGACCAUCGCAAGCCUCUGCAUUCCUCAGGACAUUGGCUAUUCGAAGCUUGCUAAUUUGGACCCGCAGUAUGGGCUUUACUCCAGCUUCAUUCCCCCAUUGAUAUAUGCUGCAAUGGGUAGCUCAAGGGAUAUAGCGAUUGGUCCAGUUGCUGUGGUUUCUCUUUUGAUAGGUUCACUUCUACAAGCAGAGGUUGACCAUGUAAAAAACAAGGAGGAAUACAUGCGCCUCGCUUUCACGGCAACCUUCUUCGCUGGCAUCACUCAAGCAGCCUUAGGAUUUCUAAGGUUAGGAUUCCUUAUAGAGUUCUUGUCACAUGCUGCAAUUGUUGGAUUCAUGGGGGGUGCUGCCAUUACUAUUGCCCUGCAGCAGCUGAAAUACGUGUUGGGCAUCGCAAACUUUACAAGGAAAACGGACAUAGUUUCUGUUAUGGAAUCUGUCUGGAGAUCAGUUCAUCACGGGUGGAACUGGCAGACAAUUGUGAUUGGUGUAUCUUUCCUGGCUUUCCUUCUGCUUGCGAAGUUUAUUGGAAAGAAGAAUAGGAGGCUUUUCUGGGUACCAGCUAUUGCUCCUAUAAUUUCAGUGAUUCUCGCAACAUUUUUUGUAUACAUUACUCGUGCGGACAAGCAAGGUGUUCAGAUAGUGAGGCACAUUGAACAGGGAAUUAACCCAUCAUCAGUACACAAGAUUUAUUUCACUGGUCCAUUCGUUGCAAAGGGUUUCAAGAUCGGUGUUGUUUGCGGCAUAGUUGGUUUGACAGAAGCUGUAGCUAUUGGAAGGACAUUUGCUGCUAUGAAGGACUACCAGCUAGAUGGAAACAAGGAGAUGGUAGCACUUGGAACCAUGAACAUAGUAGGCUCAAUGACAUCUUGCUAUGUCACGACAGGUUCUUUCUCGCGCUCGGCAGUUAACUUCAUGGCUGGCUGCAAGACUCCUGUAUCCAAUGUGAUUAUGUCCGUGGUGGUUCUUCUUACCUUGUUGGUCAUCACACCGCUAUUCAAAUACACACCGAAUGCAAUCCUAGGGUCGAUUAUUAUUUCUGCGGUGAUUGGCCUUGUGGACUACGAAGCAGCAAUUCUCAUCUGGAAAGUUGACAAACUGGACUUCAUUGCUUGCAUGGGGGCAUUUUUCGGUGUUGUUUUUGUAUCCGUUGAGAUUGGCCUCUUGAUUGCUGUAGCAAUCUCAUUUGCUAAAAUACUUCUUCAAGUAACAAGGCCAAGGACAGCCCUACUUGGAAACCUUCCCGGCACCACUAUAUACAGGAACACCAGCCAGUAUCCAGAAGCAAAACUUACUCCAGGGGUGGUGAUUGUGAGGGUUGAUUCUGCUAUUUAUUUUUCCAACUCUAAUUACGUCCGUGAAAGAAUUCUUAGAUGGCUGACAGAUGAAGAAGACAGAGCUAAAGCAGUGGGAUUGCCCAAAAUCAGUUUCUUGAUUGUGGAAAUGUCGCCUGUUACCGACAUCGAUACAAGUGGCAUACAUGCUCUUGAGGAUCUAUACAAGAAUCUUCAGAAAAGAGAUAUGCAGCUCAUUCUGUCAAAUCCUGGUUCCGUCGUCAUAGAAAAACUGCAAGCAUCGAAGCUCACCGAGCACAUUGGAAGCAACAAUAUAUUCCUCGCAGUCUCUGACGCCGUGCGAUUCUGUACGACGAAGUCGAUGCAGGAACCGUGAGUGAAAUACUUCGGCAGAAUGGCUGAUGGCGCCGUGGUGGUAGUGUUGCAAAAUAAGUACUCCCUAUCCGUUUUAUAAUAUAAGAACGUUUUAAACGUUUUUGACACUACACUAGUGUUCAAAUGCUUUUAUAUUAUGAAACCAAGGGCGUAGUGUUUGUGUUCCCUGUGAUCUAAGCUGGGUAGCGCAGGAUGAUGUAGCUUUGUGGCAAAUGUAGAAACAUAUAAUAAGUUAAGGAGUUGCCCACGUCCAGUCCAA